AUGGGCGCAACGCGCAAGCCGUCGCCGCAUGUCGCUUCAAGCCCUGGGCGGCUCCCUUUCUUGGCACAGCUGGGGCUGGGGCUCGGGCUCUGUCUUUCUGCGGAGGGCUCGCCGGGCGGCCUCUACGCCUUCCUGGACUGUGAGGGGAAUGAGCAGUGGAGCAGCUUCCGGCGCCAGCUGGCCGAGCCUGCGGAGCCGGCUGCGGCGCCUGCGGCUGCAGAGGCAGAGGCAGAGGCAGAGGCAGAGGCGACCGCAAGGCGUCUACUCACAGAGCAUCUUCCAGGUGUGGAGGCCACCGCGCGGCGCUUCGUCGAAGCCCUUUCCGAGCCCCGCGGCACAGCCCCGCGCUUCCACGAGGACUGCCUCUACGGAGUGGUGGCUGCUCUCCACGUUCGCGGCCGUGCGCUCCACGCCUCAGGUGCCCUCCAUGCCGCCUUGGCCGACUGGGACUUGGCCCUCCGCCUCCUGGGCAAGGAGCUUGGCCUGGACUUCCUGGAGUCCACACACUGGCCCCUGCGCUCUGGACAGCUCCUGGAAGAGAUGAGGACAAAGCAGGGAGCACGAGGGAGACCGCGACGACAGUGGCAGGCGAGACCGCUUCGGCGACGUGCGGCUGGACAAGGGCCCUGGGCUCUCGAUCCGCUCAGCUUGGAUCGGUCUCUCUGGGCGCGGCUGCGGCUCCCUGAGCCCUUUCCAAGCCGAGCGGCCGAGGCCUUCUCCGUUGUGGUCUAUGGCUACCAUCCGGUUCUCAUCGAGCCCAUCUCGGCGCUCCUGCAGUUCGAGGACUAUGCUGAAGGACUUCAGCUGAAUUGGUACGGCAUCAGCGAAAGGGACUGCAGCUUUUUCGCGCUCUGCGAGGCGACAGGAACGCGCAGGGAAGCGAGGAAGCCGGUCCCUGGUAGGCUCCGCUGGAAAGUCUACGAGAGCUCUUUGGAUGAGGAGGAGGUCUUGGCGGCUUAUGACAGGUUUUGGGAAUCCGAGCUAUUGAGAGCAGAUCUAGUGAUUGCCAUGGAACUCCGGGAUGCCUACUUCCUUUGGCGCGUGUGUGAUGCUGCCACGAUCUACUACGCGGCGCUGAUCUUCUUGCAGGACGAGGCGAUGAGCGACUACGCCGCAGACGUCUACUUGCGGCAGUUCGAUGCUUUCCGAGAAAACGACGUGCUCCACCGCCUGAAGCAGGGCCGGCUAGGGCUGGGCCGGCAGCUGGGCCGGCUAGGCCCGGCUCCUCCACGGACCGCCAUGGUGGCGCAGUCGCCCUACAUUGCCGCCAGCAUCCAGUAUCACACCAACCAGACGCUUCCUUGCGUCCGGCCUUUGGCCCUCUACGUCGAUCAAACCUAUGCCCCAAACCGCUCCAAAACCUCGCUGCUGGUCCUCUGUGCCAGGACGCGGCUCAUGAUGUCGCACGCCUGUCGCGGACUUUUCCGGGAAGCUCGUCGCUUGCUGUCCCGGACAGGGCCUCGGUUGUUUUUGCCCUCCGGGGACCGCGACGUGGUACACGGCUUGACCUUCGCAGAAGUGGCCACCUUUCAUGCUGCUGUGCUGAUUCCCUGGAACAUUGCCAUCACGACCUUCUCAGAAUUCUACGCCCUGCAUUUGCCCAUCUUUGUGCCGGAUCCGCUCUGGCUGGCAAGGCUUUGGCCGAAGCAGAUGACGAGCUAUGCCAAGUCUCAUCCAAAUUUGCACCGACAACUGCGACCCAACCACGAGCAUCCAACACCAUAUCCGUCCCUUGAUUCGCUGGCGACGGAUUUCUGGAUCAUGCUGUACUGGGCUGAGAACUAUGGAGGCAUCUACGAGAUGCCUGGGGUCCAACAGUUCGCCUCCAUUCCCGAGCUCCUCUUUUCCUUGAAGCAGAAGCUUUCCGAGAAUCCGCUCUUUUUCGAGAUGCUGUCGCGGGAGAUGCAAGAAGAAACUCAACGUGCCCGUGAGGAGGUUCUCGUCUUCUGGCGUGAUCUCGCUGGUGUCCUCACCGCCUCAGCUCAUGUGCAUGGUAUGCUGGAAAUGAUGUGA